UUUGGCACUUCUUGAGAAAUUCACCACCCUUAUCAUUAUCAUCGAUGUAUAUCAUGCAUUCAUUGACGCUAAUCCUGAUGAUGGAGUAGGCACACACCGAAAUCGAUCGCUACAGAACAUUAGGUACAUUUUCAAUAAAGAAGUUUAACCGUUAAAAAUACUUACCUCAAAUAAUCUAUAACCUACGGUCAAACUAUGGAGAAUUUUAUACAGAAUGAUUUAAACUUGUGAAUGAUUAGGAUUGGUCCCUACUUAUUUUUAUUGCACCUACUACUGAAUUUUUGAUUUAUUUUUUUAUCAACUCUUAGGUUUAAUAUUUUACACAUCCUAUGCAGAAGAACUUGUUUGUUGAUUAUAAUGUUAUGUUACUUACGUCUGCGUAUUAAUUAUGUAAUCUUUGGAUCAGUUUUUAUGGCUCUAAUAUUUUAUUCUUCUGUUUAUGUUAGUAUGUGGAGGCAUUUCAACAAGUUUAGAAAAACUUGUCGAUCAGGUUGCAUGCAUGCAAUCAGAUAUUACGGAAAUAAGGGAGUUGUUACGUAGCGAGCGAACGGUUGGAAACAACUUAGCACAGCCAAAUAUAAAAUUGCCCGAUCUUCCAGCCAAAACACUCGAGGAAUUUUUGCUAUUAGAGGAAUACUCGAAGAUUCCUCAACAGGCCAAUGCAUUGAUAAAACAUUUAUCUACAGUUGGUGGUAUAAAUGUUGGAAAUGCCACAAGAAGGAUUUGGUCCCUUAUUGUGACCGAUUUUGUUAGCAGCAGAUUGAGCUGGAUCGGGGCAAAUGAAAAAACCAAGUUGCAAAAUUUAAAUAUAAAUCGAAUAAUUAUAGUUGCUGUAAGAACAAUAAUACCGAACGCCACUGACAUAGAAGUCUUGUCUGCAACCAAAGUUUGGAUUCGAAAAUCGGCAGAAAGGAUAAGAAAAAUGGACAAAACUAUUUAAAUGUUAUUUAUAUUUGUCAUAUUAUAGAUAAUAGAUACAUAGUGACAUGUAUAAGUUGUUAAAGAACCAAUAUAGCGUGUGAUCCUGUA